AAAAAUAGCAAUACUACCCAAAUCUCACUUACCACAACUUGAUCUACUAACUGUGAGGAAAUAAAACUUCAAACUUUCACGACUUGGCUCGCUGGAAAAAAUGAAGGGAAAUGAAGUCGGGAGGAAAAUGAAAAUGAGAGGGAAAGGCAGGGUUCAGCGGGGAAAUGGAUGCAGGACACCUCUUACCGAAGAGCUUAACGGUGCCAACUGGAAAGCUGAUCAGCUUCUGCAUUUUGCUGCAGCAGCGCCAUCACCGAUAAGGAUCAGGUUGCAGAACCUUAGCUGACCGACGGCAAGUUUGUCGGUAAAGACAAAAGCUGAUCACCACUCUAACUGCAGCAGGCCAUACUAUUUACCAAGGAGAUGCCAGCCAUUGUUGUUUACCUUUAGAACAUCUCUUACAAUAAAAAGAAAAACAUAGC